CAAGGACGACCUCAUCAACAACGUCUUUUGUUAUUUGACACUUCAAUAUUUAAGUGAGAGAUUUUUGCUGCAAAUUCUUUUCUUCCCUUAUUUCUUAUGGAUACAUUACACACCUUUCUAAGCUCAAUACAAUUAGAACAAUAUUAUGACGCCUUUGUCAAAGCAGGUGCAACAGACCAAGACUUACCUUUGCUUGUCCAGUUUAACGAUCAGGAACUUGUUGAAUUUCUUUCUGCUAUCGAUAUGCUUCCGUUUCAUUCAAUCAAAUUCAAAAGAGCCUUACGAGAUUUAAAAACAUCUCCACCGCAACCUAAAGUAUCCGUCGAUGAUACCAUCUUGAACACUACACGAGAAUUUAUUGUAAAUAAUGCUGUUAUUUACGGCAAAAAGAACAGUCGCCCGCUGACAUCGUACGAAGAAGCUAUCAAUCGUGCUUCUCUUCAUUUGGCAUUAGAAAACCCUUUACUUAUUUCCAAGAAAGGAGAUCUUUUUGAUUUAGCCAAGAAAAAACUUCUAGAAGAAGGCUAUCGAUACAAAAGAGGCUGCAGUCGAUCCAAAUUAAGAGACAAUCCAAGCCAGAACAGAAGAGCAUCUUCUUCUUGCUCUGAAGACAACACUCUCAUAGAUACUCAAAAACAACAAUUGCUAAUGAAACGACAAGAAAAUGCUCGUCGUAUGUCUGAAAUGCGGCAAGAAAAGAUUGAAGCGUUACAGAUACAAGUAGAAGAUGCCUUAAGAUGUAGACAAGCAGCUGAAAGUCAAUUAGCAAAUGACUCACGUCGAGACACACUCACACAACUUGCCAUGGAAGCAGAAAUCAUCCGUUUCGAAGAAACCAAGAUCAAACUCACCAAAGAAAUCAGUAAACUAAAAGCACAAGAAAGAAAGCAUCAAUGGUACAAGCGGCGCAAAUUAGAACGAUAUUCAAGUCAAUCUACAGAUGAAGGAUUUAGCUCUUGCUCUCAACCAGAAAAUGAUAGAAUGGACCAUUCAAGUGCUUUUUCACCUUGUUCUUUCAGCCAUUCUUCACAAGAAUACGAAGAACCUCAUAUAUUAUCACAUCAUUGUCAUUCCUCCACACUAACAUCUAGUCUGAUAUGUUGUUCAAGGGAAAGUGAUGUUCGGGCAAGUUCCAUGUCAAGUUAUGAUCGAUAAUAAAAAGUAUUCAUUACCA